UGCGUUCGCUCUCCACCUCUCAGCGCCCCCUCAGAGUCCCUGGGAGCCAGCCUGCUGGGAGAACCGGAGGGUCCGGAGCUAACCUGGAGGCUGAGAGGGCAUCAGACGGGAAAAGACUGAGCUAGCCACUCCAGUGCCAUACGGAAGCUGAAGGGACACACCACACCAGCCCCAGCUCAGCGACGGCCGACGCCUGUUGCAGCGCGGCGGCUUCGAAGCCGCCGCCCCACUGCUGCCCUUUCCUCUUCGGUGAAGUUUGUAAAAGCUGCGGGGGACUCAGAGGAAGUGAAGAAAGUGUCGGGUAGGACUACAGCUGCCUUUGUCCUCCUCCCCUCUACCCCCUACCUCCUCCUGGGUCCCCUCUCCAGGAGCUGACUAGGCAGGCUUCCUGGCCAACCCUCUCCCCUACACCCCCAGCUCUGCCAGCCAGUUUGCACAGAGGUAACUCCCUUUGGCUGAGAGCAGGCGAGCUUGUUGCAAGGAAGGCUUUUGGGAGCACAGAGACUGAGGAGCAACAGCACGCCCGGAGAACCCCGGAUUCCAGGUUCUCCCCCUGCACCUCCUCCUGCCAGCCCUUUACCCUGUGUGUGGAGCUAAAAAUCAAAAGAUGAAAAGGCAAUCAGGGCUUCAGUAGUGGAAAGCAAAACAAAAGCUAAAAGAAGCCAAAAGGAAAAGAGCCCAAUUCUUAUUUGCACCUGCUUCAGUGGCCACUGAAUCUGGAAGGCAGAGGAUUUUCCUUUCCCCUUGUCAAGCUUUGAACAUCUUUUAAUCUGUUCUUCAAGUAUUUAGGGACAGACUGUGGAACUAGCUGGGCAGAUCCUGUCUAGCGCUUGCCUUGCUUUACAAGAUACUUUGAGACUAUCUGUGCGCUUUUUUUUUUUCCUCCUGCAAGUUUUCUUCCCUGGAGCUUCCCGCAGGUGGGCAGCUAGCUGCAGCUACUACAUCAUCAGUCAGUUGAACUCUUUAGAGCAAGAAACAAGGAGGCAGGAUAAGGGAAUUCAGUGGAAGAUACAGACAAGCUCAAGGAUGGAGGUGCAGUUAGGACCGGGAAGGGUCUACCCACGGCCCCCGUCUAAAACCUAUCGAGGAGCUUUCCAGAAUCUGUUCCAGAACGUGCGCGAAGCUAUCCAGAACCCGGGCCCCAGGCACCCUGAAGCCGCAAGCACAGCACCCCCCGGAGCCUGUUUGCAGCAGCAGCAGCAGCAGCAGCAGCAGCAGCAGCAGCAGCAGCAGCAGCAGCAGCAGCAAGAAACUAGCCCCCAGCAGCGGAGGCGGCUACAGCUCGGCGAGGAUGGCUCUCCCCAAGCCCACAUCAGAGGCCCCACAGGCUACCUGGCCCUGGAGGAAGAACAGCAACCUUUACAGCAGCACUCAGCCUCCCAGGGCCACCCUGAGAGCGGCUGCCUCCCAGAGCCUGGGACUGCUACAGCUCCUGGCAAGGGGCUGCUGCAGCAGCCACAAGCUCCUCCAGAUGAGGAUGACUCAGCUGCCCCAUCCACGUUGUCCCUGCUGGGCCCCACUUUCCCAGGCUUAAGCAGCUGCUCCACGGACAUUAAAGACAUCCUGAGCGACGCCGGCACCAUGCAACUUCUUCAGCAGCAGCAGCAGCAGCAACAGCAACAGCAGCAGGAGGUAAUAUCCGAAGGCAGUGGCAGCAGUGUGAGAGCAAGGGAGGCCACUGGGGUUCCCUCUUCCUCCAAGGAUAGUUACCUAGGGGGCAAUUCGACCAUAUCUGACAGUGCCAAGGAGUUGUGUAAAGCAGUGUCUGUGUCCAUGGGACUGGGUGUGGAAGCAUUGGAACAUCUGAGUCCAGGGGAACAGCUUCGGGGAGAUUGCAUGUACGCGUCGCUCCUGGGAGGUCCACCCGCGGUGCGUCCCGCUCCUUGUGCGCCACUGGCCGAAUGCAAAGGUCUUCCCCUGGACGAGGGCCCGGGCAAAGGCACUGAAGAGACUGCUGAGUAUUCCUCUUUCAAGGGAGGUUACGCCAGAGGGCUGGAAAGCGAGAGCCUGGUCUGCUCUGGCAGCGGUGAAGCAGGUAGUUCUGGGACACUUGAGAUCCCGUCCACUCUGUCUCUGUAUAAAUCCGGAGUGGUGGAUGAGGCAGCAGCAUACCAGAAUCGCGACUACUACAACUUUCCAUUGGCUCUGACCGGGCCCCCGCACCCCCAGCCCCCUACCCAUCCACACGCCCGCAUCAAGCUGGAGAACCCUCUGGACUAUGGCAGCGCCUGGGCUGCUGCGGCCGCGGCGCAAUGCCGCUAUGGAGACUUGGCUAGCCUGCACGGAGGGAGUGCAGUCGGACCCAGCACCGGAUCGCCCCCAGGCACCGCCUCUUCUUCCUGGCACACUCUCUUCACAACUGAAGAAGGUCAAUUAUAUGGGCCAGGCGGCGGGGGUGGCAGUGGCAGCCCAAGCGAGGCAGGGCCUGUAGUUCCCUAUGGCUACACUCGUCCCCCUCAGGGGCUGGUGAGUCAGGAGGGUGACUUCUCUGCCUCCGAAGUGUGGUACCCCACUGGAGUGGUGAACAGAGUGCCCUAUCCCAGUUCCAGCUGCGUCAAAAGUGAGAUGGGACCUUGGAUGGAGAACUACUCCGGACCUUAUGGGGACAUGCGUUUGGACAGCGCCAGGGACCACGUUUUACCCAUCGACUAUUACUUCCCACCUCAGAAGACCUGCCUGAUCUGCGGCGAUGAAGCUUCUGGCUGUCACUACGGAGCCCUCACCUGUGGCAGCUGCAAGGUCUUCUUCAAAAGAGCCGCUGAAGGGAAGCAGAAAUACCUGUGUGCCAGCAGAAAUGAUUGUACCAUUGAUAAAUUUCGGAGGAAAAAUUGUCCAUCUUGUCGACUCCGAAAAUGUUAUGAAGCAGGGAUGACUCUGGGAGCUCGUAAGCUGAAAAAACUUGGAAAUCUAAAACUACAGGAGGAAGGAGAAAACUCCAAUGCUGGUAGCCCCACUGAGGACCCAUGCCAGAAGUUGACAGUAUCACAUAUUGAAGGCUAUGAAAGUCAGCCUAUCUUUCUUAAUGUCCUGGAAGCUAUUGAACCAGGAGUGGUGUGUGCUGGACACGACAACAACAAGCCUGAUUCCUUUGCUGCCUUGUUAACUAGCCUCAACGAGCUGGGCGAGAGACAGCUUGUGCAUGUGGUCAAGUGGGCCAAGGCCUUGCCUGGAUUCCGCAACUUGCAUGUCGAUGACCAGAUGGCAGUCAUUCAAUAUUCCUGGAUGGGACUGAUGGUAUUUGCCAUGGGUUGGCGGUCCUUCACUAACGUCAACUCUAGGAUGCUCUACUUUGCACCUGACCUGGUUUUCAAUGAGUACCGCAUGCACAAGUCUCGGAUGUACAGCCAGUGUGUGCGCAUGAGGCAACUGUCUCAAGAAUUCGGAUGGCUCCAGAUAACCCCCCAGGAAUUCCUGUGCAUGAAAGCCCUGCUACUCUUCAGCAUUAUUCCAGUGGAUGGGCUGAAAAAUCAAAAAUUCUUUGAUGAACUUCGAAUGAACUACAUCAAGGAACUCGAUCGUAUCAUUGCCUGCAAAAGAAAGAAUCCCACAUCCUGCUCAAGGCGCUUCUACCAGCUCACCAAGCUCCUGGAUUCCGUGCAGCCUAUUGCAAGAGAGCUGCAUCAGUUCACUUUUGACCUGCUAAUCAAGUCCCACAUGGUGAGCGUGGACUUUCCUGAAAUGAUGGCGGAGAUCAUCUCUGUGCAAGUGCCCAAGAUCCUUUCUGGGAAAGUCAAGCCCAUCUAUUUCCACGCGCAGUGAAGAUUUGGAAACCUUCGUAGUCAAAUGCACCUUGUUCCCUUUUUUCAGAUGUCUUCUGCGCUACUUCCCUGCAGUGCCUUGGGGGAAAUUCCUCUGCUGAUGUACAGUCUGUCAUGAAUACUCCUCGGUGAUAUUUCCUGGGCUUUCUUCUUUCCUUUCCUUCUUCCCUCCCUCUCUUACUCUCCCAUGGCACAUGUGAAAUCUGCUGCCUGUUGUGGCUUCUGCUGGUGUUUUGAGUUGUGUUGUAUUUCUUUGACUUUGUGGUGACCCUUGUGUGGCCCUGUGUCAUUUGUGCUUUGUUUCCAGCCCUGUGCUGUGUGCCAACCACACAAAGGUUUACUUGCCUUAUGCCGUGUCAAGUUCAGGGAGCUCUAAGUAUCUGGGGAAGAGACAGACAUAGAAAAUAAAAAGCCAAAACAGCAUGCUAGGGUUAUUUCUUCACAAUAAAUAAAUAAACACAAACGAUUCUCAAAGAAACCAACAAGUAACUAGAAGAAAGUAAAAAUCCCAGGUACAUGAGUGGCUCUCUUUGUUCAUCCUGUCUCUCUGUGGGAACUUCAGUUGUUGCUAAUGGCUGUCGGCAUCAAAGAGUAGGAUGACCCCAAAGCUUGCUGGUAGGAUAGAGAGAAAAUAGGACAAGGAGAGUGGAUGGAUAACCAUUACUUCCCCAGAGCCUUUGUCCCUGAGUGCUAGAGUGCUCAGUUGCAGUGCAGUUCAUUGUACCGAAAUGUGCUUCGUGUCUAAAAACUUGUCUGCAUGCAAAUACCUCCUCCUUCAAAGUCUUUUCUCUCUUAACCUCUGCUUCCACCCUCAACUGACUUUCAAUAGGUUUUUCUUAGAGCUUUGAACUAAAUGUUCUCUUUAGCCAAAACUUUGGCCACUUCCACUGAAGUUAGGUCAGUGAGAAGAAAGCAGAGAAAUCUGACUCUUUGGAAGGCUCCAUUCAGAUCUAUGGCCACAUUUCUAUGUGGGAGCCAUAGAGGAGUUUGAGGGCUGGAGUCAGAGGAAAGGGAGUCCUUUAGGGACAGGAAAUGGUUGAUCCCUUAGUGCAACCACCGUUUCCUCCACUUUUAAAGGACCUAUAGACUCCUUGCAGCCACCUUCUCACUCCACAGUUCUUCAGUGUACGGUGGGCCUGAACUUCACUCUAAUGCAUUUAAGCUAUGGUGGUAAAGCUUGGUCACUUCUUUGGACAUAUUUGUAGACACUGCUAAGGUCUCCCUUCCAUCACCACCAUGAAGCCUAGCAGACCAAGAGCCACGGCAUCUUUGUUUAGAUGCCAACAGUAUCAAAGACAUCUCACUCAAUGUCUUUCAUCAACAGUCAGAUUUCUGGAGCCCUUAGACAAUUUGAGAGAAAUCAUCAAAGGGACCAGACAAACUGGGCAGCUUGCCCUUGUCCUCCAGAGACAACAUACAACAUCAGGUGGAGAAAUGUCAAAUUUCCUCCUCAGACUGAUGAAAGAGGCUACUCAGACCAUGGUGGAGGAGAAAACUAAGGAACCAGGCUGGGUAAAUGAAGAUAGUAGAACCAGAGAGCAUAAAACGCUCUCCUUUUCAUCCAUCAUACUUACUCUCCGAUAUACUCACAUGGGAAGAAGAGAGGAGGCCAGAAGAGAAUGCUGACUGCCAAAGACUUCUGAGGCAAAGGCUAAAGUCAAACGAACACCACCUGGCUAGGUGGGCACCGGUUUGCUCAUCCUCCUCUAUUGAAGUUGCUGGGUUGACCUUGGGCAAGGUCACUCAGAUUCUCCACCAGAGUGAUUGCCUCUCAGCCAGAGGGUGCAGGACCACUGAGACAUUCGAUAGAACUGUGACUCCCAUUGGACAGAUCUGUGUCUGGUGUGGCAACAAACAGACUACACCCACAAACUCAGGGCAUGCCCUGGGUCACUGGUUUCAUGUAGUCUGUUGGCACCUUACUUUUUCUGUGGACUCUGCUCCUCAAUCUCGAGUGCAGGAGGAAUUCCCACCUACUCAUGCAUUUUUACAAUUCCUCCUCACUCAGCUCUUCACUUUACUGCUGAGCUUAAGAAAUCAAGGGCAGCCCACCAGCUGCCCAUGUUAGUUGGUAUAUUAAGUUGAUUGAGAAGAUAGUGUCUGAGUGACACAAUAUGAUACACAUGAGCUUCCUUCCCUGAUUUCUGUGUUGAUAUUAAUAGCAUAACAAACUUGCAAAACAACUUCUUUAAAUAACAAGGGACGGAGAAUGUAAGAUCGGUGAUAUGACAGUCCGACCCUACUGGACUAAAGGUGAAGCUGACUGUUUCCCUUUUUUGAGCUAGGAUAGACAGAUUCUGUUUUGCUUUGUGAUGACACCAUAUGGCUUAUGUACAGGAUCUCUUUUAGCUGUAUUUUAAACAGAAGAAAAUCACCACUCUUUUCAGUUAAACUAGGUUACAUUUUAAUAGUUUCUUUACAUCUAUUUUGAAGCAAUUUCCAUCUUCAGUGGUAUAUGGGUUUUGUUAUAACAUUCUAAUAUUUGUAAAUACCAUAGGUUCUUAAUUCCAUUUCUCAAUGAAGUUUUUCAUCUUAGAGAGUUCCAGAUCAUGACUCUUGUCUUUUUGAAUGUAUGUUUUUGUUUUUGCUUUUUACUUGCAAAAGCCAAAAAUCAGUGAAACAGCAGUGCAAUUAAAGCAACACCAACUAGAUAACUCCAAAUUUCCAAGUGGCGAAACUAGAGAAAACAGCCCACACAAGGCCUCAUGCCUGCUGUUUCUGCACAGAGAUUUGAGUGAGCAAUGGAGUCAUAGCAAGGCUGUGCACUCCCACACAGACAAAGAAGACAUUGAGUUUUGCUUUUUGGAUUUUCUGUUUCUUUUCUUUUUUUUUUUUUGCCAUCAAUGUUCCAGCUACUAUGACUGGCAGAAGUCUCAUCUUGCAAGCACUCUACUCAGCAGAGUGAGUGCUGCUGGUUCACUGAACAACUGGCCACUGCUCCACUCAUCUGGUAAGAUGGAAGAUGAGGAUCACUCACUGGACGAGUCAAGGUGAUCAUCUCCACAGAGGUUUAGAGUGCUUGAUAAGAAUGGAAUAUGAGGAUGAGAAAAAGAGGAGCACCAUGGAGAAGGCCCAUCUGGGCUGGGCAGCAGCUAGCUGCCAAAGUCACGAACUCUGAUUUAAAAAAAAAAAAAAGAGAGAGAGAGUCAUGUGUCGCUGUCAACUCUCAUUCACAGGAUAGCUCACUGUGUGUGAACUCUGAGCUGACAUGGGAGUUGGCUUCUUUGUUCCAUAGAUUUCCUAUGCCAAGGCAAUAUUAUUGUUCUUGGAAAGUUCAUUAUUUUUUUUAAAUUACCUUACUCUGAGAAAGGGAUUUUUUUGAAGGAUUCUGUCGUAUAUCUUUGAAAAACAGAAAAUCAGUAAUAUGUAUAUUUUUAUGUAUGCUCACUGGCACUAAAAAAGAAAAAAAGGAGGAAAAAAAAGCUUCACUCUGCUCUUUGGGUAGUUAAUUGUCCAGGUUGCGAAAUGUACUGAUGCUAACAUCCUUCUCUGUCCACUCGAUGUCUAAAUACAUAUAGGUGUCUAUAACAAGAUAUAGUCAAUACACUUUAAGAAAAACGUAUGCCCACCAUCUGCAUAGUUACCUGAUACUCCACAAAUUACCUGACUUUAAGCUUCAAGCAGCUUCUGUUUGUUUCAUUUAGUACAGACGUGGUCUUGCCCCCUUCUUUCUGCUAAAUUUGCCGGGGCACAAAGGCCCAAGCCACCCCUUUUGGCCCCCCAAGACCUAUGCCAACAUCACACUUGAGAAGGUUUUCUAAAGACAACUGGCUUAGUAUCCCUGCAUGAACCUAGCAUGGCCCUGGAUAACAAGAGUCUGACUAUAAUUCUUCUAUAUUAAUUUCCAGGGUAAGAGGUCAUUGAGCCAAAAGCAUGGUUCUCACACUUGAGAACCAUGAAUGCUAACCUUCCCAAUCAAAUCCCCAAACUGAAAGUCAAAAGAAACCAUUUAGCAUGUGAAGUGUCUUAGACUAAGAAGCUUCUUUCCUGGCUGCCUUUACAGACAGGAUUGUUCUCACCACUUAUCGCUUUGAAAAUCUUUGAGAGUAUUUUUUUAAGUAGAAAAGGAGAUGAAAGCAUUACAUUAUAUAACCAAAGAUUGUAUUGUAUCUGCUAAGAUACCAAAAUUGUUAAGGGCAGGGAAGGAGCAAGCAUUAGUGCCUCUUUGGUAAACGAUCCAAAGACAGACUGCAGGGCUUUUCUGAUGACCUACUUAGAAGACUUUGUGGGGAGGGGCUGUCUCAUAAUAUACAUAUUUACAAGUGUUGAGGAUCAUUUGGAAACAAUGGGAUUAUAGCAGCCUUCACUAACUGAUUUUAUUAGCAUAACUAGCUUUCCUUUUUUCUAGUAGCUGCAGAGCAAAUUCUUGAAGCUCCAUCUUUGCAUGGCUGAAAAUGGAGCUGGUCUUGGCCACUGUGUUUGCUAGUGCCCAUCUUAGCUUAUUUGAAGAUGUGAAGCCCUUGAUGAGAAAGGGUGCAUUUAAAAGAUUAGAUUUUGCACUAGAAGGAGGACAGGCAGAAACCCUCAUUUCUGCCCAGUUUGGACAGCACAAAAAGUUCUCUGCAGUUUAAGGCAGAAAGUUGAAAUAUAUUGUAAAUGAGUAUUUGUAUCCAUGUUUCAAAACUGAAUUAUAUAUAUAGAUGUAAUGUGUUCUGAUAGCUUUACCUUUCUCUGCACCUUUAUAUUUGGUUCCAGGUCAUAUCUGAUGCCAUGUACUUGUAAGAGAGGUUGCAGUUACAUUUUGGAUGCUCUCUCAGAAUGGAUAAGACACCUGGAUUGAUCAGAUAGUUAAUAUCUCUUCCCAUAUUGGGCCUGGUAUUCAGGCCUGACAAAGGGGUGGAGGAGGAAAGGGUAGGGUACAUGAUGUAUUGCACUUUACUAGCUGAAGACAGAUGAAUGUGGAAAGGGUGGUGAAAUCUCAUUGAAGUCGCCUGGGAAUCGCAAUAGGGAGAAAUCCAGAUGUGGGGCCUGGUGCCCACCCAAAAGACUGGCCAGCAUCCUCUUUGUGGGAUCUGAGCCAUUGGGAGAAGGAAGGGUAUUUCCUUGAUCUUCACCAUUCUUGUUAGCGAAGGGCAGUUGCCUGAUGUUGGGAACUGGGAGCAAAUGCUCCUUCUGUCGCAACAAUUCUUUCCCCUGCGAUUGAGGUGCUUUUGCUACUGGGUGUCCAUGUGCUCUGAUUCUGGUUUGGGAUAUGUUCUGUAAAGAUUUUGAUAAUUGAUAAUGUAUUUUUCUCUGUUAAAAUUUGUUAGUGUACUAGAAGUCAUAUCUCUGUAGGUACAGUUCCAUCACUACUUAUGAAUAGGGGUAUUUUUUUCUUCAAUUAAGAGUUUGACACUGGGGUCUGUUGCCCAGAGCCUCCUAACCCCCCCCCCAACCAUUCAAGGUGAAGGCAGAAAAGCCCACAUCUUGCCACUUUUCUUCUGAAAUUUCAGCCAUGGUAACAAAUCACUGGGAAUUCUCCUGUCCCUCAAAAGAACAGCCAAUCAUUGAAUUUAGCAGGUGGUGUUUUAGAGCAAUGAAACAAAAACCAACAAACCAACAAAACAACCUUUGAUCCAACUUCACCAUGACCCACUUUAAUCAAGUCAGAAAGCAGGUAACGUGUACUAAGUUCAGUAUAACAGGGUUCUACUUCUUUCCUUGUUCCAUUUGUCUCUUGGCCUUUCUUGGAAUUAAAAGAGAAGCUGUGAACGAGCAGCAUGGGUAGCCUGGAAGGGUUUCUAUGUAAGCUACUCAGUAAGACCGUUGUUCAGCUGCAGAUACCAUUGGCCAAUAAUAACUGGACUACACACAUAUACAUUACCCGAAGGAAAAUAAACAAUUCUGAAAUGUUGCUAUUUCUCUGCAGGCCUAUGGGGUUGUCCUAUAAGCCACGUUGGACACUGAGAAUAGCCACUAUUGGGAUCCUCCAGGUUGAAAAAAAAGAGUCCCUUCACCACUCUUAGACACACCAUCUGCUUCCCUCUAGACAGAAAGAAUAGACAUUGAUUAAGAAGUGUAUGGCAGAUGACAUCCUUACACUGUCCUUGAGAUUAAUUUGGCAGUAGGAGAGAAUAAACAAUGUAACUAGAGAUAAGAAUUAAAUUUUGAUGUGGAGAGAGCAAAGAAUGAAGGCAUUAUUCAAAAAUUGUUCAAAAGAAACAGAUUAAUUUUGCUUGGAAAGUCUUUUGAUGGGGCUUCAGUUCUCAGAGUGGCACAUGGCCUCCACUGGGCAGCAGGACCAGCCCCAAGCGCUAGUGUUCUGUUCUCUUUUUGUGAUCUUGGACUCUUUUGUUGCUCUAAAUACAAUUAAAAGUGGCAGAAACUUGUUUGUUGGAA